AAGUCGGUCUUUAACUAUCGCGGUCCGCGCGCCUCGUCUCGGGCCUCCGAUUAUUACCUCCUUAAUGAUCCGUUAUGGAAAACCUCGCCGUUUGAACAACACGGUUAGAAUGCACAUGCUCUCUCGGCGACGAUGAAUCGCCGUUUCCGGUCACGGCGAGAUGUGCGGGAUUAAGUGACGAUGCGGCCGAUCUCGGUCGCGUUAAAUGUUCGAGGCGCGAAGUGAGAUCGAUAAAUCGACACGAAGAUCCGAGUGUCUCGAUAACAGAACAAUGAUGAGCGAUGUGAAAAACCGUGUCGUCGACGGGACGAACUGUUCGAAGCAGUUGAAGUUCGGCAUGGAACGGAUAUUGUCGGACGAAAUUUCGGCGAGAAAGACAGAUUCCGCAAUUUCGAAAGAUGUACUCAGGCCGCUUCCGGUGGAAUUCUCGACGGUGAGGUGUCCUUGUCCGGGAAGUUGCGUCAGGUGCGAGACCCUUCGCAUGUGUCCACCGUUUUCCUAUAGUCAGACGGCGAGCCUCGGGAAUUAUAGUUGCACGAACCAUGGAAACGGGAUCAUGGAGAAGUAUGGAAAUAUUUAUCGACCGGCUCCGCUCCGACCUGUUCCUAGACUAGCUCCAAUAACACCCACUACGACGCAGAACAAUCAACAACAACAUCAACCCGAGGCGAGCCAGAGACGGAAAAGAUCGUGGUCCAGAGCAGUUUUCAGUUCGCUGCAGAGGAAAGGAUUGGAAAGACGAUUUACCUUGCAAAAAUACAUAACGAAACCGGACAGGAGGCAGCUUGCAGCGACGUUGGGGCUCACGGAUGCGCAGGUGAAGGUCUGGUUUCAAAACCGACGAAUGAAGUGGCGGCACACGAAAGAUAGCGACACUAAUAAUUUGACGAAUCCUGACACGCAGAAGGAUACGACAACUAGGAAAUUAACGAAGGAUAAUGCGAAAAGUACCGCAGAAAAGACUGUUUCGGAGGACGAAGAGGACGUCGAGAUCGAAGUCGACGUUUGAACAUCGGGAUGUAUUAUACACAUUAAACGUAAUAAUAAUAGCUUGUAAUUUGUGACGAUAAAAUUUUAAUUGUAAUAAAGUUUCUAUAAAACCGA